AUGACAACUGUAUUUUCACCAUCGUACGGUGCUGAUGUUAUAUCUGAUGAUGGUACUGGUGAUGGAAUGUUUGAAAAUUUUGUCGAAGGUUAUGUCAAAGAUUUUUUCAACAAAGAACUUGAUACAACAAGACAACAAAAUCUAACCGAUUGUAUGACACGAUUACUAUGUGAAAAUAUAUGCCAACGUACAGUAAAAGGAGAGAUUAAAAUAGGUGAACCGAUGAUAAAUUCUGUAGAGAUGCUCGGUACAACCGAAAAAGAUCCAAUGGGUUAUUUUUUCAGUGGUGGUGAUCGUGGCUAUGAAUUUGGUCGCCAUAAUCAAUGUCAUCAAUGUGCUAUUAGAUAUUCGAAUUGCCCUGCUAAUCAAUAUGAUCAAACUCGUACAAUGAGUGAUAAAUAUGAAAAAGAUAUGAUCAAAGUUGCUGAAUCAUCUAUCAUGGAUUUUGAUAAAAAUGAUCCAUUAUCUAUUGAUCUUUAAUCAAUUCAUCAAUUAACAUUGAAAAACAAACACCUAAACAUGUACACAUGCAAUUCUGUUUUUUUUUCAUUCGAAAUUCAUUGUUAUUGUUUUGUUUACUGUUAUCAUGUUGUAUACCUUCAUAUGUCAAUCAAAAUAUCUCCGCUAUAAAUUACAAUGAUGAUAAUUAACCAUUUUUUUCAAACAAAAAGCACACCACAAUUGGCAAUAUAUAUGGUUGGUUGCCAUCACCAUGGAUUUUUGUUUGCGUUUAUUGACUCAGAAAACCACAACAACAACAACAACAAACCAUAUGAAUUUGGGCCAUAAAUUUUUUUUUUCCUUUCUGAAACAAUCUUUUUAGACACGCAUACAAUGUCUUCAUAAAGAAGAAAAAAAAAUUGAAAAAAUUAUUGAUUUUUUUUCUGGAAAAUAAAAUUAGCCCACCAACACACAUAUACACACAGAUCCAUGAUCAACAAACACAAACAAACUACUAACCAGGUGAAUCCAGGACUCAUUUUUGAAUCAAAAAAAAAAAAAAAAAAAAAA